UCGGCCGUAGCGGGCCCCGGCCCCGGGGCGCCCGGCGGUGGCCUCCGCCCAGCAGGGGGCGCGCAGCCUCUCCGCCGCGCCUCUGCCUGCCGCCGUUCGCCCGCCCUCUGCGUGCCGAGCCGCCGGCGGCCAGGGGCAGGUUAGUCAUCUGCUCCAGCUCCAGAGAGAAUCAGAACAAUGUCCUACGUUUUUGUAAACGACUCUUCCCAGACAAAUGUGCCACUGCUGCAGGCUUGCAUUGAUGGAGAUUUUAACUAUUCCAAGCGACUGUUAGAGAGUGGUUUUGACCCAAAUAUUCGUGACAGCCGAGGCCGAACUGGCCUUCACCUUGCUGCAGCCAGAGGAAAUGUAGACAUCUGUCAACUCUUGCAUAAAUUUGGUGCUGACCUACUAGCCACUGAUUACCAAGGUAACACAGCUCUUCACCUGUGUGGGCAUGUGGAUACCAUCCAGUUCUUAGUUUCUAAUGGCCUUAAAAUUGAUAUUUGCAAUCACCAAGGUGCAACACCACUUGUUCUUGCAAAACGAAGGGGCGUGAAUAAAGAUGUGAUUAGACUGUUGGAAUCUUUAGAGGAGCAAGAGGUGAAAGGAUUUAACAGAGGAGCUCACUCAAAGCUGGAAACAAUGCAGACUGCUGAAAGUGAAAGGUACAUGGCUUGCUGUGGGGAUCAUCCUCACAGAGGAAGAACACAGGCUUUCCACCAUCCAAACCUGCCCCAAAUGCCUCCAGCUAGUCCUCUAGCACAGAAGACUCUUCUGGAGAAGUGGAUGUCUUAUUCUUGGAAGACAACAGUGUCACCAAAAGCCCUGUCUGCCUUUUUGGCCCAGUAAAGAUCCCCUGAGCUUUCUCGAUAAGUUUUCUUCAGUUUCCUUGCAAAAAGCCUUCCCUCUUCAAGUGCAAUUUUUCCAUCCCCCCUGCUGUCCCAUUCAGUGUUAGGAAUGAAUCAUGGUUGUGAAGUAAAUUCAUCAUCUGUUCAAAUAAAGUUCAAAGUUUCUCAGCAUUGUAAAUGAAACUAAUUUUUGCUGUUGCAAGGAUAGCCUGGCCUAAUGUGAGAAGGAAAGGAAUAAAGGGAGAGAUUGGGUGGUCCUGAAGUCAGAUGUGCUGCUUCUGCCAUUGCCAAUGCAAUGGGAGCAGGGGAGGGUAGUGAUUGUUGCAGCUGCAUCAGCUGUCUUCAUGAACCACAGGUGGCACAGAGAGGAACAACGGGCAUGGAGCUGUACAGGCAAAUGGAGAGAAACCUGAAUAACCACGUAAUCCACUACGACAGGCAGAAGUCUUGUGGAAAAUCAGUGCAUUAAGAGUCUUAGUCACUAUAGUUGCAGUUAGUGAGAUUCAUUAGGAACAGUCACUCACAGUUAUUCCUGCAGCAUCCUGCAGAUAACCAUGGGAUUGCAAAGCAUCUACCAGAAAAAAAAAAAAGCCACUAAAAAAGCCCCAACAUUUAAAAGGUUUUGAGCCCCAAACCAGUACUCCCCACUUAGUAUAGAUAUAAAUAAAAUUGUAUAAAAAACCCCUCAGUUAAUUUGCAAAGUCAAGCACUCAGAAAUACUACAAAUAUAUUUCUGUCCAAUUUUACUGUGGUGUUUUCACACAGAGGCUGCAGCUUUCAGAGCAUCUUGCAAACACCCAAACAAUCCACUAUGCCUCUGUAAGAAGGUGAGAUAUGGGACUGGAUAAGUGGCAAUAAAGUGGAUAGAAAAUUGGCUGGACUGCCUGACUCAAAAGGUUGAGAUCCGCAGUACAAAAUCCUUCUGGUGGCAGGUUACUGCUAGUGGUGUCCCCCUGUGACCAGUACUGGGGCCAACACGUUUAAUACAUUUAUUAACAACUGGAACCUGUGGAUGAUACCAAAUUGCAGGGAUGUGGUUGAUAUGCUGUAGGGCAGCACUGCUAUUUAGGGGGACCCUGGCGCUGGGAGGAAUGGACUGCCAGGUAUCUCGUGACAAUCAGCAAAGGCAAAUCUAAGUCCUUCACCUGGGAUGAAAUAACCUUGUGCAACGGCUCAGCCUGGCCAACUGUCUAGAAAGCAGGUCUUUAAAAAAGGACCUGGGUGUCUUGGUGGACCUCAAGUUCAACACGUGGCAGCAAUAUGCCACUAUGGCAAAGACCAACCAUGUGUUGGGCUGUAUUAGCAAGAGUGUAGCCAGCAGGUCAAGAGAGGUCAUUAUUAUUCCAAACUUGUGAAACUGCAGCUGGAAUAAUGUAUCCACUUUGGGGUUCCCCAGUUCAAGAAAUUAAUUGACAAACCAAAGUAAGACCCACGGAGGGUCACCAGGAUGAUGAGGGGGCAGGAGCACCUGAUGUUUGAAGAGAGGCAGUCACGGCUGGGUUUGUCCAGUCCCGUGAUGAGAAGGCCAAGGGGAGAUGGUUUUGCUCUCCACAACUCGGUAACAAGAGUCAGACUCUUCUCUGUGGUGCACGCUGAUAGCAUGAAAGGCCAUGGGCACAAACUGCAGGAAGGGAAAUUUAUUUGAUGUUAGGAAGGUAAUUUUCACCAGGAGGUAGUUGAACAGGCUGCCCAGAGAAGCAUGUAUCCCAGCAGAUACAUGAAACUUGACAAAGUCCUGAGCCACCUGGUCUCACUGGACUGUGUGUGGGAGGAGGGACAAGAUGACUUCCCAAGGUCUCUUCCAACCUAAAUGACCCCAAUUCUAAAGGAAAGGGCUGCUGAGAGGAAGUUCAGCCUCACUAAAAUCUAUUGCUUGUGAUAUGAUACCUACUGGUUGAGGAGGAUGUGAAAUGCUUUUCAUGCCAUCCCACGAAAACAAUUUAGAUUUUAGAAUUUUCAGAUUCUUUUAGUAGGUCGACACCAAGUCCUUUCUGGGUUUUGUCUUGUUUGGGUUUUGUUUUUCUAAAAGAAUGUGAGAAAAGAUUAGCUAUUUGGUAAUCAAAUAGUAAUUGAACCUGAACCUGGAGCUCUUUCCUCCAAGAAGAGUGCCCUGAUCUACAGGCCAGAAAGUGCUGGCCUCCCUCCACCUCCCCUGGCACAGCAGAUGCUCUGUCUGAAAAAGUAGCGCUGAAAAGGGUGAGGCAUUUUUGCAAGGAGAAUAAUUUAGUUAGAAAUUUCUGACCAGGUCUAUGUGGCCCCUGCAGUGCAGGACCACACAGCAACUUUAGAACAAAAAGUAAAGAAAAAACUCACAUUGUGACUGCUGUAUUUCUGAAAUAGAAGAAAAUUGUGAAGACAAAAAAGUUGGCCAGUAAUUUGGGAUUAACACCUCUGAAACAUGACAUAGGUCCUAAGACAGAUUAUAGUUAUAAAUCAUAGAGCUUUGCUUUUGUGUCUCAUGCAGUAAUGAUAUAUUUGAUCUGAGCAGGGAGUUCCCACAGAAAAAAAGCAGGAAUGAGACUUGAGGCUUUCAGCUCACAUGGUCAUCAGGCGUCUUGUGACUGUGAUGCUUUCAUGUGUUGCAAGAGGGUCAGUGGUAACUAACCAGUUUUGGAGCAGACUUCAUGAGCAACUACAAGAUUGAAAUGCUUUCAGUGAUAAGAAUUGUGGCCUUUAUCUUCCUUGCAUCGUUGUGCAAAGAAAUGUAAAUCUGUCCUAAGUAUCACAUCAAAUCUUUUUUGGCUGCUUUUUCACCACCUCUUUUGCCAGAGAUGUUAGUUACAGUUGGAAAGCGCUCUCAUCUGCAUGAUAAUGUCCUGGGCAUCAUCCCAUCAGCCCAGUCUGAGAGAAGUGAACAUGGGGAAAAACCGCCCCUUGUGAUUCUUCAGCUGAAUGCAGACCACAUUCAGAUGAGAAUCUGAUACUUUAUCUUUCCUUUUUAAUCUUCCAUUGCAGCCUGGAGCUCUUCAGGGCAGGCAUUGUCUCUGCCUGCCUGACCAGUGCCUACCACAGCAAGUUCCUGGCCCCUGGGCGCUACAGCGAGAGAGUAAUACUUACCCCCAGCCAUCCAGAUGUGGGCACAGUUGUACUGUGGAUAAUGGUGAUGGCAAAAUGAGAACCAGGAGGAAGUUAUUUUUAUGCUGCUGGUAAUUACAGGGCAUUUGGGAAGAGCAUGUGAAACAAAAAAAAGCAAUGCUGUCAUGCUGUGUGUUAGCUAUCAGUGUUAUACUACAUUGUCCUGAAUGUUAUGAAGCCCUUUUAUCCAGUUCCCAAAUGGCUUGGUGAAUACAGGGAAGGUUAUGCUGAAUGGAUUUGAUGGGCAAAACUUGACCAUCCUGACUUGCAGCUGGCUGGCACUCGGGUGAGGCCCAAGAAAAAAAACAACUGCCCUGUGCCAUCAGAGGCACAUUUGGGGGUUCACAAGGGACCUAAGAGCAUUUGGCUUCCCACAACGCCCAGGGAAUCUCAGGGAAUCUUUUGUUACAAUGUAUCUGCUGUCUUGAUUCUGAUUCUGCUCAAACAGGGAUCCUGGACCCUUGCUUUGACUGCUGGAUCCCACUGCUCUGCCUGGUUCCUCGUUUCCUGCCCCGCGCUGCUCCCCCGCACCCUCUGUUGAUGUGGAGGGGCAGGACAUCCCUGCUAGGGUGCUAACAAAGGUUUUCUCAGAAAAUGCUUCACCACGUCCAAAGCCAGGAUGUAUCUCCAGAGAAAAACAUUGCUUUCCUGAACGGGGCCACUGUGUUCCAAUUGGGCAAGGAAAGUUUUUAAAUAGCUUUAGCAAAGCCUGUUUACCAAGCUUGUGAGCUCUCAGGCCAUGAGAGGGAGCUUUUAAAAUGUUCUUCGCGUACAGGAAAGCCUUUUGUCUCCAAGAGUUCAACACAGGCCCCUGUCCCAGCCGCACAGUCCUGCUCACCAGCAGGCUGCCACCCUUCGCCCCUCUGCCCUCCACUGCGUGCUGCAAGGAAGGUGCCAGCAGUGUGCGGUGCUGCAGCAGCCCGGGCUGGGAGCAGUUCUUAUCUGCUGUCCGUGCUCUCGGGGUACAGUACACGGGGGACGCAGGAGAAGCCCACACCAGAUCUGCCUGCUGGGGCUGGCGACAGAAAAUGUGCUGCCAGACACAUUCAGAGGGGCGACUUAAGUCAAAAGGGUUUCAUAAGCUUUCCGUCACCCUGAUGUUUUAAUUUCUUCUUUCCCUUUUAAUAAAUCUUCAGGUUUAGAAAGACAUUGUGUGUGAGUGGCUAUACCCGAUUUGGCAGGGAGGUGUUAGCUGUUAAACUGUUAUCCUUAAUAAACAGUUUUAUCUCACAGUGAUAACGCCAGUAUUUCUGAUAAGCCUGUGGCAAUGUACAUAAUAAGUCCCAUAACCACAGUUAAAAUAACGAGAGUUUCUUACAGCUCGGAGCCAGAGGACAGGGUCAGGCACCCAGCCACCAUGGCACCUUACGUUUGAACAGUCAGCUGUGCCCUUGUGGUAGGUGCCACCCGGGGCUGACAUUACACACAGUUAUUCUUUCCUGUGGCCUCGUUUCACGUCUCUGUAACCCUGGGGUCUUCACCAGAGAAUAAACCCAUGUGAUACAGCGAGGAGCAUGGCAGAGUUUAAGAUGCGUGAGUUUCUUAGUUGUAUUUGUAGAUUAUCCAGUGUUCAGCAUUGGAGGAGAUGGUCUUAUUCGAAGUGUUUGACUUUCCAAGUUUCAGAAUUUCUCAUUUUCAAAACAACCCUAUCAUGUUGUUUCACAUUUUGUCCCUGUCAGAAGAUACACCUAUACAACAAUUUGAGGCCCAGAUGGAUAGACUAUUGUUCUUGAGCUUUUGGAUGGAAAUCUUCCUGAGCUUUCUAAUAUAUAUGCAUGACUGGAUUAUAACACGUUGAUAUCUGGUCUUGUUUUUGGAAGGUGGGUUGGAAUGCUUUAUCUUUUAAGUCUGUAAUUUUUCUUAUUGUGCAAAUCUCCCUAGAGGAGGUAGAUUUAAUCUUUUUAAGAGGCCACCUCAGGCUUGUAACCACUGCAGGCUGCAUCCUAUAUGGGGACCCUUUAAUGGUGUCUUGGAACAUUUUAUCUACAGAGUUAUCAAAGCUGAAAUAUCUGAUCAGUUUCAAUAUAGACAGCCUCUGCUCACAUGCUCCAGCAUCCAUCCAGUACAACUUGCUUCUCCUUGCUUUGGAUCAAUAAUGGCUAAUAAGGAUGAAGGUAACACAUCAAACUCCUUCACAGUACUACUGCUGCUUUCUGACAAGCUUCUGGCUGAAAAGAGGGACCCUGCAGGCAGUUUCUGUUAAGAAGAAAAGGUAACAAUAAACCAUUUUUUAAAUGCAGUCCUUUUCAUUUACAAAGCAUGUGCAGAAGUCUGUUUCUUUUAGAGCAGAAGAAAUCGAACAGGAGUGACAGCAUCUUGGAGCUGAGAACAAAGAUGUUAUCUUUCAGCCAAAAGUUUGUACCAGGGUGGGGGGAUUUUCCCUGCUAUGAUGACUUCUGUGUUUGUCGACACUUAGUUGCUAUCGUUUUUCUCUGCUGUGUCUGCAUGUCUUUUACAUACACAGAAACCACUAGAGAUAGCAAAGGAGCCACUCUGCCUUUGUUCUGAGGAGAAAUCUUCAUUGUUUGAGCAAUUUGGUUCCAGAAAGGAGCCUAAGCCUUUCUGUAAUGGUGGGAAGUGGCUAUGUCCAGCCCCUGACAUUAUUACCACUGUAAUAGCUCUGAAGGUCUAAGGACACAGAUAAGAAGAGGAUUGUAAGUCUUAAUUUUUCAUGAGAGCAACCUAUGCACUCCAAAAAAUAUGCAUAAAUCUUUGGCCAAUCAAGUUUUUUUUAUAAGUCUGAGACAGAAACUGCAAUUUUCAUGGUACUGGUUGGGAAUGAUUGCUUUGAGAUCAGUUUACUUUUAAUAAAAUAAUUGUAAUAGACUAAACUAAUGACACCCAUGGGCCACAGCGGGUGUUGACAAGGGGAAAGGUGAUACGCUUGGGGGGUACAGUGACAGGUAGGGAGCACCUGAGGACUGAGAGGGAUUAGUGGGUGAAGGAUCUGUGAAACAUUGCAGGAUGAUGUGAAGGAAAGGUUUCUGCUGAUCUGCAAAUUUUUAGUAGCUAGCAAUGGUGAAAGUGAUUUCCUAGGUUUCUUUUUGGUAGGUCUUUCUCAAGAACUGGUGAGUAGAAAUGGGCUAGUUGUUUUGUGAAAAAUGUUCUUUCACAGGAAGCUGGUUUAAAGGUUGUCUGGGAGAGGUCAUCGUGGUGGGUAGUGGUCCUGGGCUCGCUUCCUCAGAGGCUGCAGCACAUCACAGCCAGACUCUUCCCCUCCUCAAAAUCUGCACUGGGAAAAGCAGUAAUAAGAAAUCCAAAAUAGAGUCAUGUGAGUUUUCUUGUGAUUUUAAUAUGUUUUUUCUUGUCGCCUUGUUUUGUCUGAUAAACUUGUCCAGCCCAUCCCCAAGUCGUUUUGAGUAUCUUCUCUGACACAUGGAAAAAACCACAGGACUGAUUCCCUUCAGAUUAGUUUAGCUGUGAGAGAGCGUGUGGUUCCAUGUGGGUGUGGUGCAUGCAUACGCUUAUCAAAAUCAGAUAACACUAGGAAACUAAUUACAACUUCUAACUAUUGUUGUGAUUUCUUCUGUGGAGCAGAAGUUUUCACAUGAAUAUUUCUUGCAUUAGAGGUGAAAUCAGAUCCCCGUCCCCGCACUUACUGUGUUUGGAGCGUUGCCAAAAAAACUCUUUUAAAAAGGCAUUCCUACUGGAAUAUGUCACGGACUAUUCUCGCUCCCAGCUCUGACGGGCUUCAGAUGGGGAGCUGGAAUGCAGACCUCCCAGUCACACACAGGAGUGGCGGCUUUCAGGGGGCUCACGUUGCAAUCUAGAGAAAACAAGCAUCAGGGCAGGGGCAAUAUCACAUGAAAAUGACAGGGAGAAAUAAGCAAACACCAUGUGCUGUGUGCGGGGAGCUCGGCAAAUCCGCACUCUACAAAUCUGCAUUUAACACUAGCCAGAGCUUAAGUCAGUGUAAUGAUUUGCUGGGAUAUACACAUACGUACGUCUACUAAAAAGUUAUUUUUAUUGCUUUUAAAGGCAAUAUCCCCAGAACAGAAUGAGCUGCCUAAAGAGCAGAGUGAAAAGCAAGGGGAGAAGGAAGCAUCUGAGCUGAGUAGGGUGAGAAUUAGAUCAUGGAAAACUUUAAGGCAGAGCAUUAGAUGAAGAGUCCUCUUCAUUAAUCUUCUGGUUAGCCCAUCUCCCUUAGAAGGGACUACCGUGCUGGAAGGAGAAAGAAGUGUAAAUAUAUUCUGUAUAUUCUGAGCUAGGGGUAAUUUAAUUUUAGGUUCUUUGUUUCCCAGGUUUGUUUUUAAACAAGCAGACCUAGCCCCUCCCAGUAAAUAUUUCCUACUUCCUUUGGUGUCAUGUCGGAUUAAACCUGGAAUAUCUUUUAGAGAUCAUGUGAAAAUGGUUCUGUUUUUGCCGGGUAACUGUCGUGAAUAUCAACCUACCAAGUAGAACGGACUGUGAUAAUAAAAAUAUUGAACUCUGUGGCUGCCGAAAGAGCGACAUUAAGUGAAUCUCACUGAUACUUAAUUUGUAAACUGAACUGCACCUAUUUAGGCAGGAGAAAAACAGCAAUGCUCAUAUUGAUGAGAAAAUCUGCAUUUAAAACCACUCCUUAUUAAUGAUUCAAAACAUACCAUUCCUAGGAGCUGUAAACAAUUUCAGUAUUCUGCACCCUAAUCCAUAACCAUUAUCAUAUGUAGAGAACAAGAAGUUACUCACAAACAGAUGUUCCCUCUGCCAAACCCAUUCAUUUAAUGCACAUUUUACUUUCCAAGUCGUAGUUAGCAACUUUCUGUGGUGGGCGGAUUAUAUGAAAGGAUGGAAAAGCAGGGAUUAGUUCGCCUGCAAAGAAGAAACAUCUUCAUGUCUGUUCUGGAGUCUUUUCCGUCUUGUCUUGCAGUGGAAGAGUUAUUCAUCCUGGGCUUGCUCUCACUGCCCUGGGGGGCACUCAGCUUUAUGUUUCCAGGCACUGUGAGGCACUAUGAGAUGCCAAACUUUUCUAUUACCGAGACAGCUGCGUCAUUAAAUGUGCUCUUUGCACUGACUGGUAAUGAAGCCUGGCAUUCACAAAUGCAUAUGCCAAGAGAAAGCAAUUAUCUUGCCAUAAGUUACAGGUGAGCUCUCAGGGAAAGGUAUGCCAAAAGCUUAGGGUAGAGGAAGAAUUACUGCUCAAAGCAUAACAAAUUUUGAAGUCACUUCAUGUUUCUCAGAGCCUAGUUCAGUCAGGUGUUGAGUACCUCCAGGUACAGAGAUCCCACCACCUUUCUGGGCAACCUGUUCUACUGGUUGAGUACUCCGGUGAAAAUUUUUUCCAUAUGUCCAGCUGGAAUUUCUCUUGCAACAUGUAACCACAUCUACUCUCCUUUUGCUAUGCAUGUCCAAGAAGCACAAAACUCAGUCUUUGCUGUAAUUCCCUCUUAGGUAGAUGUAGGCAGCAUGAAGACCCUUCCUCAGCCUUCUCUUCUCCAGGGCUAAACAAACCCAGUUUUCUCAGUCUCUCCUCCCGCAGUGUGUGCUGCAGCACGGUGACCACCUCAGUGACCCUCUACUGGACUCUCCAGUGUCAAUGUCUGUCUUUUACUAGGAACCCCAGACCAGACACAGUAUUCCGAAUGCAGUUUUGUGGGUACUAAACAAGGUGGAUCCUUACAUGGAUUGUUACGAGGAGAAGGACUGUCAUGAAUUAAAAACCUGACCAGGCUGUGCUGAACUCCCUGAGAACUCCAUUUCUACAAUUACUUAAAGGGGGCUUAUAAGAAAGAUGGAGACAGACUUUUUAGUAGGGCCGUAGCGAUAGGACAAGGGGUAAUCAUUUUAAACUGAAAGAGGGUAGAUUUAGGCUAGAUAUAAGGAAGAAAAUUUUUACUGAGGUGGCACAGGUUGCCCAGAGAGGCUGUAGAUGCCCUAUGCCUGGAAGCAUUCAAGGUCAGGCUGGACGGGGCUCUGAGCAACCUGAUCUGGUUGAAGAUGUCCCUGCUCAUUGCAGGGGUGGUUAGACUGGAUGACCUUUAAAGGUCCCUUCCAACCCAAACUAUUCUGUGAUUCUAUAAUUCUAUGAUUCAGUUAGCAUGUUGCUAACCCUUUCUCUUACCUGAAUGCUUUCUAAGCAAGGCAAGGAAAAGCAUACGGAGCCAGACUCUUCUCAGUGAUAUUUAGUGAAAGGACGAGAGACAGUGGACACAAACUGAAAUGCAGGAAAUUCCAUUUAAAUGUAAGAAAAAGAUGUCUUACUGUGCAGGUGGUCUAACACUGGAGCAGUUUGCCAGAAAGGUUGUGAAGUCUCCAUCCUUGGGUAUACGCAGAACCCAGCUGAACACAGCCCUGAGCAACCUGCUGUGGCUGACUCUCCUUUGAGCAGGUGCGGGUUGAUGAGUGCGUCUCCAGAUGUGCCUUCUAACCUCAACUAUUCUGUGAUUCUGUGAACUGCUAAGUGAGAUGAAAGAAGCUAUACAUUUAGGGCAGAUUAUAGGCGGAGGGAUCCACAUUUGGAUCGAUGCCUUAUCAACAUGAGAUGCAGAGACAAAAUACAUGAUUGUUUUUUAAAAAAACAAAACCCAGCCAUAGAACCCACAGAAAGAUGCUAUUCUGGAUUUGUUGUGGGGGGAUGCACAGCACCUACUUUAGGUAGGUUCUUAAUGAGAGAGCAGUUCUGUGAUAAUAAUGACAGUAGUUAGGUCAGUGUUGCAACGGGAAAGAACAACCCAAGCAUAUUCAACACAUGGAUAUUGAGUUUCACAAGAGGUAUUUAAUCAAAAUAGAUUAAAAAAGAAAGGGGAAAAAAAAAGUGAGCAAGAAAGCCUUAAAAAGAGCAAUCCGAAAACCAGCUUAGGUGCUGUUAAAAAAUACUAUAUUAAAAUCCCAGGUAAAAUUUGUGUCACAAUUUCAAAAGUAAACAAUAUGAUCAGAAAAGGCCAUUUCAGAGCUCAAUAGGAACAUUAAGGAUGCUAUCACAGGCAACAAGUUGAUGUUUAUAAAAUGGGAAGCUUACCCAAAUUAGGAGAGCAGGAAAGCCCAUAAAAUACAGCAAGUAAACCAUACACCAGAAAUUAAAAGGGCUAAAAAAGAAUGUGGGUUGAGCCUUGCAACGACUGAUAGUAAAUAGCUCCUUACAGAGCAAAGGCAGGAAGCCAACUAGUUUGAUGACAGAUGUGUAAAAGGGCACUCAGGGAAGACAAGGAAACAGCAGAAACGUUCAAUGAGUUCUAUGUACCGAUCUUUCCUGCUGAAGACAUAAGGGAGAGCCCCAAAUCCACAUAUUCUUGGUAGCAGUUCAUCAAAAGAGCUAGACCAAACUGAACUGAAUUCACAGGACAUAUCAGACCAGACAGACAAGCUGGAGGUCAGUAAACCAGCAGGACCGGGCACCGUUUACAUGAUAGUUCAGGUGUGAAGUUGCAAGAACUGCUGGCCAAGGUGUGUCAACUGUCGUUACAAAUGGCCUCUGUGCUGGAGGAGGGCAGAGUUGCCAGUGUAGCUCCCAGAUAGAGGGGUCUUGGGGAACAACAGACCAGUGAGUCUGACUUCCAUCCCUCCUAAGACAGCAGAGCCAUAAGACCACUGUACACAUGGGGGAACAUGGUGUCAAGGGAAGCAGACAACACGAUUUCUGUAAGGGACAAUCCCGUCUCACCAGUCUGCUGGACUGUUAAUGUGGGAGUGUUAACAAGUAUAUAGAUAAAUUGGACAUAAUGUAUUUGGAUUUUUCAGAUAGCUUUUGACGGUUUCUCCAUGAAGGCUAUGAAGCUACUAAGUCACCACGGACUGGAGAAAAGGUCCUUUUGUGUUUUGAAAGUGGAAAGGAAAAAUUAGGGCUCAACGGUGACUUUUCAGGAUGGGAAAGAAGCAGCAACAGAACACCUAGGUAUCGGUUCUGGGUCUGGUAUUAUUCAACAUCUUUACCAGCAGCCUGGAGUCUGUGUGUGUGUUGUGGGAUGCCCAGGUUUGCAGUCAGUUGCAAGUUUAUUUGUCUGGUGGAGUGCUGAGCUGUUGGUGAAGAACUCCGAGAGGACUUAACAAAACAAAGGAAGGGAGCAGAAAGGUGGCACGUGAGCUUCAGUGUACACAAAGGUAAGGUGAUGUCUUGGGUAGAAUAGUGUAAGCCAUGCUCACAUGGUGCUGAACUCACAACUGGCAGCCACCACGCAAGAAAAAGCUCUUGGGGUCACCACUGACUGUUGCCUGAAAACCUCGGCUCGGUGUGCCGUGGCAGCCAGAAGGCCAGGGGCGACUGUCCUAGGGAGGCUGCCGAGAUGAAGGCAGAGGGCACCAUUUUGCUGCUUCAGGUUGGCGCACCCAGCUCUGGGGCAGCGUGUGUGGUUCUGGUCUGUGCGUCUGAGGAGGGAUUCAGCGGGUUAGAGAAGGGCAACCGAAAGGGCCGAGGGGGUCAGCUUCCUUAAGGGGAAAGCCAGGAUUGUUCACAUUAGAGAGGAGAUCACUGGCGCGUGAUCAAGACAUUUUUGUGAACUUAUCUUUCAAAUAAUAGAGGUGCGUGCAAAAUCCAGUCACCUGGCAGUGAGGAAGUAACUUGCUAAAAAGAAAAGCAGUUGUUUCCAGGAAGCCAAAGGCUUUGUUAAUGGUGUUAGUAGUUCCCUAAAGGAACUUGUCGCAGACACCAAGAUUGCUCCUCUGAUCUCAUCACAUUCUGUGCCGAGGAGGCUCUGCAGAUGGCUGAGCAACUUCCUAUGUUCUUCAGGGAGUCAAGUUUUUGUUCUGUCACUUCUGAGCCAAGGACUGAUCCAGUCCAUGGGUGUGCGGUAGUGCUGGAGCUUCUACUUGAGAAGCAGAGGUCCUGGGAUUAGCAAGAGGGCUGAGGCAUUUCCAUUAGAGCCAGGCAUCUGCUCCAGUCAUCUGGCCAACUUGUUUUGAGUGUCUUUUGCCAUUAUGUGGUUUGCAGUUGUGUCCCAAAGGAGAAGAAGUUAUAUGCAUGCCCUUUAUGCUCUUCAUAGUAUGUUAAAAAAAAAAGGGAGGGGAGCGGGGGAAGCCUUUUUUUUUUUUAGAUUCCUUCCAAACUGGAUUUUUUUGGUUGUAUUUGGAUUUUUUUUCCUUGUUUUGUUUUACUGGUUAAUGUCAUCAUUCAUCUUUCCUGUUUUUGCUGUAGGACUUCUUAGAUGGUUCACAGAUGUGCACUGGAAAUUCUCUCACUGGAAAUGAAAAGGUAGCAUGCUGAAUCUUGAACUCAAAUAAUCUUCAUUUGUAACUUGGGUUGUUAUUGUUUACAAAAGCAGGCAGAAAAGAGAUUUCACUGGAUCUUGCUGCUUUGGUUUCCCUUUUCCCUGGAAUUUUUAAAAACUGCCUCCCAAUACUUGCGCAACCCCCCAAAAAGGUUUUUUACAGUAACAUCACAGCUCAGUUGGCAACAUUCCCCAAAACAAGUCUUGCCUCAUCCCAUAAUUUCUUCAGCCUUUUACUAAAUGCAGUGGGACUUUCUAAUCAACAAAACCUGGUUUUUUCUUUUCCUUCAUCUCCCCAUUUAAAGCAGCUUGUUGUCUUGUUCAAUUUAUGCUGUUUACUGCAAAAAGCCAGGCUGAUUUGUAGACACAUUUCUCUGGUUCUCCCUAUCAGCUCUUCUUCUCAGGAUUCCCUUUGUAUUUAUUUCUCCACUCAAACUGGUACUUGAGCUCCUAGACGUGACCCUCUCUCAACUUUCCAGGUCUAAGCAGAGGAGUUUCUGCCACAUCUGCUCCACAUACUGAGCAUCUUUGGAGAUGCUGAACCUUUUACCAUUUCUGAUUUUGCAUCUUCCUGUUUCAGACAGGACAUCCUCUUUUGAGCAGAAGGCUAUGACUCUUGGGGCCAACAGUGACCAUCUGGCCCGGUAAAAUAGGAUUCCUAAGUAUUUCUAUGUGUGUGUAGCAUGUCGUAUUUUCUUCAUAAGAUGUGGUAAAAACCACUUGGUUGGAAUGUGAACUAUUCACUGGAGAUGGUGGCAAACAUACCCAUGCCUGCUGUCCCACCGAGUGUUAGUUAAUCAUGUUCCGGUGGAGAAGCUGCAUGACUGUUCAGCAGAGAAAGGUGGCUGAGCAUCAAGCAUAUCAAGCAUCUUUGGAAAUUGUAUCAUGUUGUUUUCAUUAGUUUCCGACCUUGGUAAGCUGGGAUUGACUCUGAGGAUGCUCUGAGGGAGUUCAAAAUGGGAACAGCUGAAUCACAGCAGACUCACUGGAGUGAUCGAAGGCAACUGCAAGCAGAGAUCUGUGUGAGUCAUCCUAAAGAAAGAGGCCAGAGAAGAGGGUGGGUAUGCUUUGUACUGAAGUACAUAGCUCUUCUGGGAACAUGAACUUCUCAGGAGCUUCUCCUUUCCUGUUCUGGUGUAAAUCUGGAGGGAAUCUGCUGAUUCCUAUGAAUUGUUCUAGAUAUGGAUGGGCUCUGCUGGGAACAUGAGGUACAGCCCAAGCUCUUACACCUAUGCCUAUUCUGUCCCUAGACCUGCCUGUUUAUCACUUGCUGCAGAUCCACAUAUGUGUGAAGGCAUCACUCCAGAACACAGGUCCAGGGCUGAGCAGGGACAAUACUGCAGUUGGAGGUAUUACAGGACCAUGACCUCAGCUUCUUCCAGUGUGAUAUCCCAAAUGUGUGGAGAAAAGGAGCUGCUCUUCUUGGGCAGAGGCUGGGAGCACAGUGCCUCUGGCAGCAGAGCCGUGCCUUGCCCUCGUGUUGCCGCUUUGCACAGCCUGGCUUUCACACCCUGUCUGAGCGGUCAUGCCAUUCACCCUUCUGCAUCUCCGGUGCUUGCCAGCCCAGGCAGGAAAGAGGACUAACAAGAGCUAGUUGACUUGACAGAGGGGUACAUGGAGCUUUUUGGUAUUUUUUGUGUGGAUCGAGUGAAUGGCAAUGCCACCAAAGGGUGUUGGUCUGAAUCCCACACAUCAGCAGUGUCCCAGCACCCUCGCGUUUUGACAGUAGCUCUAUGGUCUUUGUAAAAUCGAUGUUGUCUGGUUCAUAGUGAACAGCUGCCUGGUAAAUACAGCCACCACCAAGCCUUUGCUUGAAAUCCCAGAAGGAAACUAACUCCCCAUCCUCUACAUAUCCCAUGGUUGUUUCUAGAAGGGCAUGUGGUACCCUGCCAUCCCCAAACCAAAUAAUAGUUCCCGCUGCUCAUCUUUGGUGGAGACUGCUGUCUUUUCAACAUGCUGAGCUGCUGGUGAGACCGCUCCCAGGUGACCUUCUGUCAGAAUGAACUGGGUGAGACCAGGCAGCUUAAAUCACCUGUCAGCUUGUUAAUUUGGCUGCUUUUGACCCCAGAAGGUGAAGGAUAGCCCAAAUGAAUAGCUGCCUUAGCAGGCUGCCUGUGCGUGGGGGCUGAGCAGCCAAGUGCUCCCUCACAUGCUUCCUGCCAUGGGGCAGCCGGGCAGCUUGCUCGGGGGACUCCUUCACAGCAACUCCGAAAGCUCCCUCUGGCCAGGCUCCUGCUGAAUCUAUUCAGAACACUGUUAUUCACCCAGCGUCGAGCUUCUGCAGCAUGGUCCGAGCAAGGAUCUCAAAGCUCUUUGUAGAUGGAAAUGAGCGCCAUCUCAGCAAUGGCCUUCCAAGAGGGUGAGGCAUCAAAAGCCUCAGCUUGGAGCCAUAGUAAUGGAGCUGUUUAUCUUGGUCCAAGGAUGCACGACUGUACCUCCCAUCAAUGAGGAAAGAGCCAAGGGCACUCAGCACACUGGCAGAAUGGGCUCCCAGCCUGGCAGGGAGAAAACUCAGGGCAAAACCUAGCCAAGCUGUCAAAAGCAUCCCACAGGUUACGCUCCCACAGAGGUGUCCACAGGCAAACCUCAGCACCUUUGGAUACCUGUCCCUUCUCUGAAGGAGCAGCCAGCAGGGGUCCAGGUGACAGAAACAGAGUCUGUCCUCUGUCCCGCUCCCCCAGCUGCUCCCAUAGCUCAUUUCCUCUUUUCCUGGCUUUGUCUUCUUGGGUUUGUUGCUUUUGCUGCUCUUUCUGUUUGUCACAGGACGAGUGCCAGCGCAACCAUAAAUCUGCGUUCCCCCGCGGUGAUGCGCCUUCACAUUCAAAGGAAAAAAGUCAGGCUAAUAUUUACAAGAAAUAUUGUAAUUCCAGCAUGUGAAACCAUCAUCUUGACAACUUCUUUCUGUGGCUAAGCACUGAAAUGUUUAUUCAGACUGGACCAAGAUUUAUUUCAUGUCAAAACUCCACAGUCAGAUGUUCUUGCAUCCUACAACAGUGUUGCCUCAGGCUGACUGUGACAGGGCAAAGCUGGCUGUAGCUGUCUGGGGGACGGAAAGGUCCUCCCUGCUCAUACAUCGUCCCCUUGUUUCUGAAAAGUGAUGCACAGUGACAGUCAGUGGUGGCUCAGUACCUAAGAAGCAUUGCUGCUCUGCAUGUGCAUGAGUGCCUAGCACUUCCAGGAAACUAUGAGAUGGGCAGUUCCCCUUGUUAAUGCUGAUGUCCAAUAAAAAUAUAUAUGGUAAAAUAUAGGAACCAACUGUCUCCACCUAAGCAUUGGAUCUACCUGCAUAUUCGUACCAAUCUUGAACAGCAGAAAAAUAUCUCCUGGGAGCUUUCUUCAUUUCUAGUUUCUCUGUAUCUCUAUUAGAUGUCUCCCAGAAAGUUCUCCUUGUGAUCUUAUGGUAUGAAUACUCUUUGGGGUAUUAUGGUGUGCAUCUUCCCAGACUACUCCAGGAAAUGUAACCAGGUGAACAAACAGAAGUAUAAUUACAUAUUCUCGCACCUUCUAUACAUGUAAGGGUCCAAUAGGUGUAUAAAAAUACAAGGCUUGCAUGUAUAAAUACGGUAAAUGCAAAACAAAAGGAUAUUCUCUGCCUACAGACAGUGCGGCGAGAAAUGAAGUGACAUGUAUGUAUCUAUAUGUGUGUAUAUUGUGUCUUCCUGUUCUGGAGUAUGGUAUUACUGACUUGGAAAAUAAUCACACUUCAUUAAAAAUGAUGAGAUUUUAAAAAAUU